CGAGUACAUUCCCGAAUACCAAGAACCAAGUUACAUAGGCAGUAAGAGAAGGAAGACUCUCAUACCGGCAUUAUUGCAAUCUACUUACGAACAAGACAGGGGGUUCCAGCAAGAACAGAAACCGAUCAAAAUCGAGCCAAGAGAUAAAACGCCGCCUCAUCAUCUUAGCACGUCGCCAUUGCACGUGUAUCCGCCAUACGCCGACCAACAAAACUGGCCGAUGAGCAUGGAGCAGAUGCAGGCUAACCUGCUGAUGCCGGGCCCGAGCAACCCCAACGCGUUCCAGGAGCUGCAGUGGGGCGCGCAGUACCAGCAGAACCUGGCCCCCCUGCAGCCUGCCAGCCUGGCAGCCCCCCCUCGCCCUCACCACCAGCUUCCUCUCCCGCUAAUAUGCAGGUGGUUCCAAACAUGGGUCAGUCGCCCAUGCACAGGGUGGUCUCCCCCAUGGCCCAUUCGAUGCACGACGGCGCCUCGCCCAUGGGACAGCAGAUGAUAGGUGGCACGUCACCCAUGGCCCAGUCGAUGCACGGCUGUGCGUCUCCAAUGGCGCAACCCAUGCAGGGCGUAGCGUCACCCAUGGCUCACUCGAUGCACGGAGCUGGCUCGCCCAACAUGGUGCAGCAUAUCGAUUACAGCCAGAUGGAGGGCGGGUCGUUCUCGGCGGAGCUGGCGCGCGCGGAGGUGCCGGCGCUGUCGUCGGGCGAGCUGCUCGGCCUGUCGGCGCUGCUGGCCGACCGCGGCGCCGACCUGCAGCUGUCCUCCGACCUCACGCGCCUCUCCACCAGCGACAUGCUGCUGUAGGCGCGGCGCCGACCUGCAGCUGUCCUCCGACCUCACGCGCCUCUCCACCAGCGACAUGCUGCUGUAGGCGCGGCGCCGACCUGCAGCUGUCCUCCGACCUCACGCGCCUCUCCACCAGCGACAUGCUGCUGUAGGCGCGGCGCCGACCUGCAGCUGUCCUCCGACCUCACGCGCCUCUCCACCAGCGACAUGCUGCUGUAGGCGCGGCGCCGACCUGCAGCUGUCCUCCGACCUCACGCGCCUCUCCACCAGCGACAUGCUGCUGUAGGCGCGGCGCCGACCUGCAGCUGUCCUCCGACCUCACGCGCCUCUCCACCAGCGACAUGCUGCUGUAGGCGCGGCCCUCGACACCACGGGACGCGCAGCUCUCGGGCACUUCCCACUUCACAUGUGAACACUUCGUGCGGAUGGGACUGGCGUUCUCUAGGUACUAUUCAUAUAAAAUUGAGGCCGAAAUUGAAUUAAACUGAGCAUGCACGAGAUAGAUCUCAAAAAAUAUUUAAUUACCCUCAUUGAUACGUCACGCAAUGAUUAAUUAAAUAUUUAUCUUCUCACAAAACUGAGAUUUUACUUUAGACAAAUAUUUUAAUUAACACUCAAGUUGUAGUUUAUUUUCUACGUAUAGUUUGACGUCCGUUGUGAAGCUUAGACAGUAAUAAAGACAGCUCGGUUUAGGCUCUAGACAGCUACGCCAUGUAGUUAUUAAAGAACAUAAUUUGUACCUACUGUGAAGGAAAACAAUUAAAUGCUGAUAUCAAAUAUUACACUAGCACAAAAAUUUCGACAUUUAAAGCCGUGUUAAGACACAAACAUGGAUUUACGGCUUAUGUCCGGCUUGAAGGAGCAAAAUGUACUUAGUCAAGCAAUUUGACUUUUCAUUCUGAUGUGUGUACAGGCGACUUUUUUGGCUAGUUAAUAUGUGACUUUAAACUCGUUGAUGUUAACCAUCAUUUUCAAUUUUAAAGCACACAAAGCUGGCCUCACUUCAUUAUAUAGACCAUGGGCUACAAAGUCUCUGAAAUAGAAUGCAAUGUUGAUGUAUACUGAAGUGGCACUGGUCUGUGUUUUGUUAAUCCCAAGAUCAAGUGCUUUGUUGAAUAUUUUUUUUACAUACUCUGCAUGUAGGAUACUUUUCGAUGAAUUUCAGAGUAAACACAUAAUUUGCGAUUUUGAGUAUAAAUAUAUAAAUGUAUGGUGUUCAGACUAAUACAAAUUUAAACUGUUGUAUUAUGUUAGUUCACAGAAAUAUACAGCAAAAUGUUUGUUUACCCUGUAUCUAUUAUGAAAAACCAUUGUACACUCAAAUUUGUAUUGUUUAAUUGAUUUUAGUCUUCCAUAAGUUUAAAUACGUUGUUUGUACAUGUUGAGGUGUUUUCCAAAAUGCAAUUAACGAGGGCUAUAAGUUUCUCAUUCUCAACGCGAAACGUUUAAUGCACGUUAUUGUUUAAAUUAAAUUUAUAAUUAGUUUAUUUUUUCGUUGACAAUGUAUGAUAAGUCACGGUAGUUGGAUGUCAUUUUGACAGCUGUCAUAUGUCAAAAAUAGAAAAUUAUUUUGUUAUUUAAAAUUCAUUAAUUUUACUAUUAAUUACAUUGUUCGUGUUGGCUACAAAUUAUUAUGGAUACCAUUAGAAGCUUAAAAAGCUGUCAAAAAUGACUCUAAUUUCAGCACAUGGUGCUAGCAGAUGCAAUAUAUGUACAUAAUACUAAAUGGACAAGAAAAAGGGAAGGUCGGUACGCAAUACCUUGCAGAAUGCAAUAAACUAAUAAUACUCUAAAUUGCGCAAAAAAAUCUCAAAUAAUUUUGUGACCUUUGCGUAUUUUCCGUUCUCCAACACCACGAAACGGCAUGACUGGCAUUUGCGUACGCCAGAUAGAUCUAGAAUAUGUGUAAAACUAUUUCGGAUUAAAAGAUUUGAUUAAAAAUAUGUCUAGAUAGACGCUUAAAGCUUCAAACGCGUCGAAGAAAAUAGAGGUGAAUAGUUUACUUUUAUAUCUCCUUCCAGCGGUCAGUGUGCUUCGAGCUGUCCUGCGUUCACACCUGUUACUACCCGAAUUUACAUUGCAAAAAAAUGUCGGUUUCCGUCUUUAAAGUAUGCAGAAACUAUAAAGGUCGAUCUAAAACAACGAAUAGUGUCAGGUGUCAUUUGUAAAUAAAUAUAAAUUUAAUAAAAUGUUUGUUAUUAUUACAGUAAUUACAAAAUUAUGAACACAGAUAUUAAAUAUUUUGUUUCGAGUUAAUUAUUUUUUUGUAUUACAUGAAUAAGUAUAAUUUUAUUCACAUUUUAAUGGGAAUCGUCCAACUUGUAUCAUUAGGCACGCAUACAAGGCUAAGCAGCAAUACGUAGGGACAGCGUAUGACACAGCUGUCACGCACACUAGCUUAUAAUAAUUAGCCUAUUUGUUUAGCGCAAUUGGAGCGCGCCACUCUAUCUAGACAUAUAAUUUAUCUAAAGGUAAGAGUUUAAACAAUGGGAAAUUUAAUUAAAAUCAAAUCCCAAUAUUGUAUAUGCUAAUUUCCGUACUUGCUUACACCCUAAAGGUGGACUCUGCCUGAAAUGAUAUUCCAGUGUUCGAAGUCAGACACUUUUUUACUUGUCAUAUGUUAACCUGACAAAGACCGGCUUUUACAAACUCACCGGACUUUUGGGUGUGACAUUUGGGAGAGGAUGAGACAGCAACGAAAGAGCAGAGUAUUGUGUCCACCAGUAAUGAGUAAAAUGUAGGUGUUGCAACAAGGCGAGUAUGCAAGCCCUUCAGAGGGAGAAGUAAAAAGUGGUGUUACGAAAACUAUGUACUACUUUGAAUUACGCUCAUGCUUGGUUCUCUUUUAUCAAUAGAUUAAUGUAUUUCAAUAUCUAUCUAAAUAUGUCGAUUCUCGUUAAUCUCUCAUUUAGAUCAGUUUUUAUAAUCAUUAUGAAAAUAUCAUAAUAAAUUGGUAUCACAUUUGAAGCUUAUGCCGUCCGUAUUUUCAUUUGUUUUUAAAUAUUCGUAACCUCACUUUCGUAGUAUAACACUAAUGUUUUAUGGGAAUAAACACAGGGUAUGUAGAGCGCAGCACUCGACGCGGCCGCGGCCGACUCAUGCGCACCAUUUGAUUAGUUGUAACACAAACUACAUCACAAUGCAAUACCGUUUCUACUGGCAUAGAGACGACUAUUGCACAUUGUAAAUAUGUCCGUAUUUUAUACUAUUUUAUUUUUAAAUAAAUCUCAUUAAGUAAAU